AUGUUUCAGUGGCAUGUCAUGGCUUCACCAACACUCCUCGCUCUUCCUUUGGAGCUGCGCGAGCGGAUCUACGACUUUGUCCUCCAAAGCCGACAACCAUUCGCAACACCAUGGUCAAAGGCGUCUUUUGCAUCCAAUGUGGACUCCCCUGGAUAUGGCGAGCGACCAGUAGCAUAUUUGCUGCCGAUCGAUGAUGAGAAAGGCCACCGAAUCUUCAGUACCAUCGCCCUCGAGCGAAGCUGUCAACAGAUCCGAUGCGAAACACAGUCAUACCUGCGAACAGCAGUCAUCGACAUGAUCGUCAAAGUGGAAACCGUCGCCUACGACCACGUUAGCAGUUUCCUCCAAACACUGCCUCCCGCAGCUCUGCAACGCUUCACCGUCCGGCCAGAAAGCAGCCCGGCUGAGGCUCGAAAGCUGAGAGUCGAGCUCGCGGGAUCUUUCAAUGAGCUCUGGACUCUCAAUCUCACUUGUUGGUGCAGUGUCGUAAGUAGCUUGCUUAAGCCACACGAGGAGCUUGCAACGGCGUACAAGAUCGUGCCGAACGAGCGAUGUGACGCGAAGUGGAAUCGAGCACCGCGCCAGAAAGUUGCUGCAUUGUAUCAGAUGCACAGAGGCCAGCAGCCUGGACCGGUCAAGGAGGAGUUGUGGAAGAUCAUGUUGACCUUUUGGGGUCGGUUUCAGGUCGAGUGGGCGCUGAGGCAUGAUGGGAGGUAUACAAUGGGGAACUUCGAUUCUCUUGAUACUGCUCUUGCCGAUUGGGCGCUCUGA